AUGAACCUAGAGCCUGCAAAGCCUGAGAUUAAGUCCGCUACCCGCGUAAUGGGAGGGCCUGCAACUCCUAGGAAAGGGCCACCGAAAUUCAAGCAGAGGCAGACCCGACAGUUCAAGAGUAAACCCCCAAAGAAAGGAGUUCAGGGAUUUGGUGAUGACAUUCCUGGCAUGGAGGGUCUAGGAACAGACAUCACCGUCAUCUGCCCCUGGGAAGCCUUCAAUCACUUGGAGCUGCACGAAUUGGCCCAAUAUGGUAUCAUCUAA